UUGUAUGAUACAAGACGAAAACGCACUAGUUAUAUGUGUCGUACAGAGUACUGUUCUCCGCCACUUGGCCGCUGGCUUUUGUCAAGCCCAUCAAAAUCACUACUCCACCCCAAUGUCGCAACAGCAACAGUACCUAGUCAUAUAUGGGUAUACAAUUGGAAGGAAUCGGCGUAUUUUACAAGAGCUUAG